AUGUCCAUUCUACUAAUCCUUCUCACGGCGUUCCGGUUAGGAGAAUCGGCAGUUUUCCGGCCUUUCGAAGCGACGGCUGCACCCAACCUGAGCUAUGAAGAGCCUUGCUCGGGCUUCGGUCAUAACUGGGCCGGAGAAAUUCGCUGUUUACGAGAGACGCUGUCGCAGUGUGGCUUUUCCACCCAACAGGUCAGGUCUGACCGUGGCGGCAGAUCUCUCCCAACUGGUAUAUUUCGUGGAGUUCGAGAGAAGAUUUAAUGAUUCAGCGCCGACGGUUUUUCCGCCAUUCACUCACGAACUGGGCGGCUUCUCUCCUGGUCAAACCAUUUACGCAGCAAGAAGGUCCCAUUCUCCUUCAGGUUAUACUUCUUUUUUGUUUUUGUGAGCGAAUUGUUUCGCUAUUUGUGUAGAGAUCCUCAUUAAAAUUGUCUCAAACCAACAAAAGAAGAUUUAUGGGAAAUCUCUUCUUUCAGAGCUUAUUGGAAAAAGAUGAUAUCUGUACAAAAAUCAAGUUUAAAAUAUUUUUCCUCUAUUCGACCGCUCACUUUUUCGAUUCUCGAUUCAUUAUUUUAUUAAAUGCUUGUGGUUUUUGCGACUGAUUAUAUUGAUCAGAAAAGAGUAAAGUUGGUUUUUUUAUUUUUUUAUUGAUACCGGCUGAGAAGUGAAAAGAAUCUUACAAAUUGUAAAUCUUUCAAAUGGCAUAAAUUUUAUAAAGACAUUCUCAAUUCAUCCUUUACUCCAUAGAAAAAAUGAAUCCAGAAAUUCACGACUCGAUCAUUUCAAAAAAAGCUAACCUUACCUUCUUGAACGCGAGACAUUCCUCUUUUUUUGGACUCGAAAAGCGAAAAUUUUGUUUCCAAUAUAGGUUUUCAAAGCUCCAUUGAAAUGUAGUUCUUAAAUAUGCCAUUUACUAGAACUUCAUCGUCAGUUUAGAUUAUUCAUCCAACGUGAAGCCAUGGAGAAGGCCGGUUCCAUCUUCGUUUCCUCAGCCUCCAGUUCUUCAGCCACCGCGACCGAAACCCAAAGCAACUUUGGCGACUCCCUUGAAUGUUACUUCGGAGCCGAAAAUAAACACCGAGGAGUUGAUCAAAAACAUCACGACUAAAUGCGAGAAGAAGCUCUCUGAAGUGAGGGCGGCGAUCGAAUUCGAGUUCAGAACUCGUCUGAAGACGGCCGAAUCCAUUUUGUCCGCUGAGCUGGACGAGCUCCGUCGGAGCAACGACAAUGAGCAUCGGGAGUUCAAUGUUGGUUCCUGAUGGUCCCUUGUUGAUUUUCGAAACCGUUUCAGAAAAGGAUCGACCUUCUUUCGGCUCGUGUCCAUCAGUUUGACGGCAAGGAGUACGCCUACAUGGAGGUUCGAUUGACGAACUUCAUCCAGUUUCUUCUAGUGAAAAAUUAUAUGCUCCCUUUUUUCGCGAUUUGAAACUGCUUUUUUCUCUGCGCCCUCCUCGUCUCUUGGCGACCCUCUCAUGUUGCCGUGCAUUUUUCAUGUUUAUCUGACAUAGUCGGUGAAAGAAUAGAGAGACGCAGACAAUCGGAAAGAUUCAAGUUUCGGAAAAUGAGUUAUGAAAAGAUGUGACUUAUAGAGUUUCAGCAUGAAGUUUUGAAGAUUUGAAAGAAAAAUGAAUGAAAGUUUGCCAUCUUCAGAGACGAGAGGCCUGGUACGAUGCCGAAGAGACCUGCGUCGGUUGGGGCGGCCAUUUGGCGUCUGUCGAAUCAGAAAAAGAGAACUCAUUUAUUGCCAGUUGGUUUUUUUUCAAAGCACGAGCGGAAAUUUUGCAAAAAUCCUUUUCUUCACCAAAUAAGAAAGGGCAACUGCGAAAAAUCUAGGGAAGCGAGUUUGGCCAAAUAUUUUCCCUCUGACUUUUCAUUGAUAGUCUAACCGUUCCAGCCUUGAUCAAAGGAGAUGCGGCUUGGAUCGGCCUUAACGACGUUCAAAAAGAAAACAUUUUCGUAAACACGGACAUGAAGAAAACGACAUUCCGAGCGUGGAAAAAAGGUUCAGAUUUGAAGCUGUAUUUUUCAUGGAAAUGAGAUAAAAAUUUGAGGCCAACCGGACAACGAAAGCCACAACGAGAACUGUGUGGAGGUGAACGUGAAAGGCGAUUGGAGCGACAUGUUUUGCCUCGUUUCCCGGCCCUUCAUCUGCAAACGCUGA